AUGGGCCACCGUCAUCCCGUUCGAGGAAACCUCCUUGUCUCUCACCUACCACCACUCCAUCCCCAAAGCCACCCGUCUCCACCUGCGCAACCCAGCUCCACCCGAUUCAGAAAACAACCUGUCUCGCCACCUGCCAGCACCGGUUCCUGCCUCCCCAUUCAAGAAAAACCACUGUCUGCGCACCUGCGCACCGCUCGCAUCUCGUUCAGAAAACCACUGUCUCCACCUGGCCACCGCUCUCCGCCAUUCAGAAAACCAUCUGUGCCUCGCACUCUCCCAUUCAGGAAACCACCUGUCUCCACCUGCCACCGCUCUGCCCCAUUCAGAAAACCACCUGUCUCCACCUGCCACUGCUCUAUCCCAUUCAGAAAACCACUGUCUGCCACCUGCCACCGCUGCCAUCGUUCGAAAAACUCAACUGUCUUGCCACCUGCACCGCGCUCCACCCAUCAGAAAACCUACCUGUCUCCACUCCUCCGCAUUCAGAAAACCACUCUGUCCUCCACCGUGACGCACCGCUCCUCCCAUCGCAGAAAACACUGUCUGCCAUCCUGCCAACCGCUCUGCCCGCAGUCAGAAACCACCUGUCUCACCUGCCAGCCGCUCCAUCCCGUUCAGGAAACCACGGCCUGUCCUCCACCUGCCACACAAGCCGCUCCACCCCAUUCAGAAAACACCUGUCUCCACCUCAAUCCAUUUCAGAAAACGCACCCUGUCUCCACCUGCCCACCGCUCCUUCGCCCAUUCAGAAAACCACCUGUCUCGCACCUGCCACCACCCACCUCCAUUUCAGAAACCAGCCUGUCUGCCACCCUGCCACCGCUGCCUCCCCGUUUUGGCCACACUCCAUGCCCGUUUCAGAAAACCACGCUGUCUCUCCAACCUGCCACCGCUCGCAUCCGCGUUCAGAAAACCGUCCUGUCUGUCAGACGCUGGCGCACCGCUCCACUCCCGUUCAGAAAUACCUCCCUGUCUCCACGCUGGAACCGGCUCCAUGCCAUUCAGAAAAACACAUGUCUCACCCUGCCACCGGCUCCAUCCAUGCCCGGUUCAGAAAACAGCACUUGUCUCCACCUGCCACCGCUCGCAUCCCGUUCAGAAAAACCUCCUGUCUCCACUGCACCGCUCAUCCCAUUCAGAAAACCAACCUGCCUCCACCUGCCACCUCAUCCCGGCUCAUCCGUUUCAGAAAAGCCACCGGCUGUCUCCACCGCUGCCAACCGGCUCCUCCCCGGUUCUGGAAAACGGCAACCUGUCUCCACCUGCCACCGCUCAUCCCGGUUUAGAAAACCACCUGUCUCACCUGCCACCGCUCGCUCCCCGUUCAGAAAACCAUCUGUCUCCAUCCUGCCAUCCACUCUCCACCCCCCAUUCAGAAAACCACCUGGUCUCCACUGGCCACCGGGGCUCCAUCCCGUUUAG